UCAUGAACGUUAAUACAUGAUACAACUCCAUCUUUUAUACGAUGUAGUUGAAUAUUGGACGGAGUGGGAAUUUGACAUAACCUCAAAAGUGCGAAAACGUGUAGUUUAUUGUGAAAAUUUAAAAUUAUGGCAUCUCAAUUUUCGAAAGAUGGGAAAUAUUUCGCCACUCUCUCAGUGGACGGCAAGUUAAAAAUAUGGAAUACGUUAUCCAAUAAAUUAGAGCAAGAAUACAUACCAAAUUGUCAUUUAUCUUGUCCCUGUACCUGUUUGCAAUUUGUUGAAACUCAAACAACACAUAAAAAGGAUGUAUCUCCUACAAAAAAGAAAAGAAGAAGCUCUUUGGCAUCAUGUUCCCAAUAUGUUAUUUUGGGUACUAAUACCGGAUUACUUUUGGGAUACUCACUUUCAACAUCUAGCAUUGCUUUUACCAUAAAUAGUAAAACUAAUAAAGUAAUUAGUUGUUUGUCAUGGGAUUUAGACACAAAGAUCUAUGCAGGAAUAGAACAAAGUGUUUAUGUUUUUAAUAUACAAGAUUUAAGUGUUAUUGACAAAUGGAAAUGUGAAACCAAUAAUAUAUCUGCAAUUAAAUUAAUACCAGGUGGAAAAUUAUUAACUGCCUCUAAACGUAUAAAAUUAUGGGAUAUCAAAAGUAAAGAGAUUUUAAAAACAUACACAGGACAUAGCAGUGAUGUGUUUGUUAUGGAAUAUAUCAAACCAAAACAGAAUUCUGAGGAUUAUUUUAUAACAGGAUCAAAAGGUGAUCGAUUAUUGAGCUGUUGGUCUUUGAAUCAACAAAAUUCUGAUCAAAACGCUAUUUCUACAUUUCUUAUGGAUGAUGUUGUUGAUAAUGUUGCUGUUUUUCAAAGUGGAAAUGGAACUACUUAUUUUGCUGCACUCACAAGAGGAGGUUCAAUUUAUUUUUAUCAACACAUUUUAAAUGGAAGAUGCAAAGCACCAUUAAAACCUCAAACGGUCAUUCAAAUAGCAUCAAAUUCUAAUGUUCAAAAAGAACAAAAAGCUCAAGUAAUCCCAGUUCCAAUAUUAGGUGUAAAAUUUCAAGAAGAUUUCGUUAUAACCAUCUGUUAUGGUUCUCAUACUCAUCUCACAUUUGAAACAGUAACAAUAACUCAUAAUGAAAAAGUACAAUGUCUCGUCCGAAAUGAAAACACCAUUUCAAAAAUCAGUAAAAGCGAUCAAAAUAACACAAACGUUCAGCGUCCAAUAGUAGGAAAUGAUGUUCAUUAUAUCACACCACAUGCGACCCCAUCAAGUAUAGCAUUAAAAAGAAAAUCGGGUGGAUCUGGUACGAGCGAAGUUCCAAUGGAAAAACGAUUAGAAAAUUUAAUGUUAACAAAGUCAGAUGAGAAAGUACCAAAAGUAACAAAUUUAUCGCAGUUAUUAAUUCAAGGAAUUCAUAGUCGGGAUAAAAGUAUUUUACAAACAGUUUUAAAUAAAAAAGAUGAAAAAACUAUUAGAAAUACGGUUCAAAGAUUGCCAAUAAGCGCUGUUAUUUCUUUGCUACACGAAUUAAACGAAUUUGUUAAUGGAAAAACAUUUUCUUGCUCGAUAGCGUCAAUUUGGAUUAAACACAUAUUAGAAAUCCAUUCGGGCGUGUUACUUUCAAAUCCAAAAUUAUCAGAACUUUUAGAACCAAUGUCAAAAUGUAUAGAGAAACGAUUAAUACUUCAAAUGCCAUUAAAUAAAUUACAAGGAAGGUUGGGCUUAUUAAUGUCCCAAGUGAAUAAAGAUGACUUAAAUGAUGAAAGCGAUGACGUGGAUGGUGUUGGAACUGAAAUUUUAAAUUAUAUUGAUAAAAGUUCCGAUAGCGAUUCGGAUAUUGAAAAUAUGGAUACAUCAUUGCAACAGUCUGAAAACGAAUGGUCGGAGGAGGAUGAAAAUGUUGAGGAAAAUGGAAAUAGUCUAUCGGAUGAUGAUGAAGUUGUUAUGUUAUCUGAUGAUGAUGAUUCGACGUAGUUGUUUCUUUCCAUUUAUUAUUUUGAUUUCAAUUAUUUUUAAUUUUAAAAUAAGUAAAUAAAGUUAUUUUAUAAAGAU